CGGAGAGCCAAGAAGGUAAUGGAGGCUAAAAGAGAGAAAGUUUUUCAAGAGAGUCAGCGCUGUCUGUAAAGAGGGAACUGCAUUUUGUGUGGGUCCUUCUGGAUUCAGUUUGACAUGUUCUACUUUUGCAAGUCUGGAUCUCGGUAUGGAAACAUCGCCGUGUCCGUGAGUUGCGAUUCUGACGGUAAUUUGCGUCUGCAGGAGGAACCUGAAAAGAACUGAACGUCUCAAGAUGCAGUGGCAUCCACAGCAUUGCAAUCUGAACUGUCGAACGCCCGACGAUCCGUGUCCCGACGCAUGUCAACACCCCCGUUAGGAAUUUUCAUUGCAAGCUCUUUGCAAAAAUGGGGGACGACAGACCUUUUGUGUGCAACGCUCCCGGCUGUGGACAGAGGUUUACCAAUGAGGACCACUUGGCUGUACACAAACACAAGCAUGAGAUGACGCUGAAGUUUGGACCAGCCAGAACCGACUCUGUUAUAAUUGCAGAUCAAACACCGACCCCCACUCGUUUUCUUAAGAACUGCGAAGAAGUCGGACUGUUUAACGAACUUGCCAACUCUUUUGAACAAGACGAAGAUGACAAGAAGGCCAAGAACUCUGUUCCUGCAGCCAACUCUGUGGCUUUGGACAUGAGCCGGCAGACACCAUCAAAUGUGAAGGUGAAACAGGAGGCACCUGUAGAGGUCGACUCCUCACCUCCAGGCAGCCCUGAAUCGAUAUCUGGGAGAUCGGACAGCAACCAGGCACCACUGGUUAGAGGAAAGGACACACCACCAAGGAGUUCAGCUCCCACUCCAACUAUUGUCCGCCCAGGUUCUCUUCCCCUACACUUAGGCUUUGAUGCUCUUCAUCCCACCAUGCCGUCACCCACCUCUGUCAUCACACAGGCACCACCUUCAAAUCGCACUUUGGGUUCACCAACUAGCCAUUACCCGAUGAUGAUGCUGCCCUCUGGUCAGGCUGUACCUGUGCUCCCUGGUCCUGUCCAGAUACCCUCUGUCAUUAACCUUGCUCGACCCAUGUGUAUGGUACCCAACAUUCCUGGAAUCCCUGGUCCUCCUCUGGGAGGCAGCAGCAGCGGCUCCAACUCCCCCUCUGGCUACAGCAUCCACUCAGAGGCCAAGAUGCGUCUGAAAGCAGCGCUGUCGCAGCAGAGCCCAUCAGGGCAGAAUUUGGGAGCCAUGGUCAUGGGCAGCAGCCCCAUGGUACCUCAAAAGGCAGAGCAGAGUCAGCUGCUUGUCCAGCAUCCAGACGCUCCAUCGCCUGCACAACCUCAGGUAUCUCCGGCACAGCCUACCGGUGGGCGUCGACGGCGGACGACAGACGAUGACCCAGAUGAGCGAAGGCAGCGCUUCCUGGAGAGGAAUAGGGCAGCGGCAUCACGCUGCAGGCAGAAACGCAAACUGUGGGUCAGUUCUCUGGAGAAGAAAGCCGAGGAGCUCAGUACACUCAACGUCUCACUUUCGAGUGAGGUUUCUCUGCUGCGAAAUGAGGUGGCACAUUUGAAGCAGCUGCUGCUCGCCCACAAGGACUGCCCUGUAACCACCCUACAAAAAAAGACUGCCUACUUGGGUAAAGACCGGAUGUGGAGUAAGGAGAGCCUAAAAGAAACCUCGGAGCCGACAGGUUCACCGGCCCCGGUGAUCCAGCACAGUUCUUUGGCCCCCAGCCCCUCUGCGGGUCAUAACGGCCUAAGCACAAGGGCUGCAGCCGAGGCCAUGGCCAUGUCAGUGCUUGCAGGAAUGGGUCAGCAGCACCAGAGGGUCGAAGGUGGACCUUCUCACAUUAUCAUGGCUGCACAGUCUCAGUCUGCUGCCAGAUGAUGAGCAGCACCACCACUGGCCCAGACUUGGCUCAUCAUCCAGGGGUAGAAAAGACUCCCACCAUUCACAGUCUUUAGGUCCAAAUUUCACAUCUCCAACCCUCCUUCCAUGUCUCCUCUUUUAAUCUUCCUGUGGAGCCAUCAAGCUGUAGCCUGGAGCUCAGCAGCAGCAUCAGCAGCCUUCUGGGAAUGGACUGAGACUUUUGGGAGAGCUUCCUGUUAACUUUGCCAUAAACUACAGGGGCUGGACUCCGAUAUCCCUUCCUCUUUGCCUUUCUGCUUAUUUCUCCUCACCAUUGGUGAAAAUGACCCUCUCACCAGACUAAGGAAGAGCGAGGAGUAAUCCGCCAUUAUAACGAACUUCCUAUGUGCACAGAUUUCAACUCACAGGAGUUACAUAAACAUUGUUGAUCAUAACAGAUCUAGCACACAGGGCUUUAUGCUUUUUUUUCAGCUGGGAAUAGUGCCUCGUGCUCCUGGACAUUUAUAACCAUACUCACACCCACACACCUAUCACUAUAUGUCACAUUCAUCUUCAGCUCAAAAGACGCAGUAACUUCCUCAAGUUCUCCCUGUUCUGAUGGUCGACUCCCAGUUAGUCACCACAGUGAGCAAACAGUACCACAUCAAUACGAUCCGAUCAUGGACCCAAGCCCGUUACCUCAUAUACAUCCAUUUAUGUUUAAGACCUAUUAACUGUGUGUGAUUGUAUACUUAUGUACACCAGAACAUAAGUAGUUACUUCAGAUUUGACGCAUUAUUAGCUGUGUUGUUCGCAUGUGACCUUUCCUGAGUGUGUGUGAAGUAUGUGCAGCUAUAUAUAUACAUAUAUAUCUAUAUGUGUUUUUGUCAAAUUGGCACAUCCUCCAAUAUUAUCUUUACAACCCAAAUACAUUGAAUUGUAAUGUUUCUCCUAAAUUUUCCAUCUAACCUGAAGGGAAUUUAUCCCCCGCUGUCCUUCGUUACCUUUUAAAAUCAGGCCGACCGUUCAGCGGAGUUGUAAGUUGGUUGCCUUUUUCUUGUUUCGUAUGAAAUCACUCUGACUGUGUUUCUGUGUGGGUCCAGGACUUUGUGUAGCUGUUAUUUUCACACUUCUCAGGAUGGCGGAUCAUCCUUGCUGCUCGGUGGCAGUGUGACGAACCCUUUUUCUUCUUUUUUUUGUUAUUUCUGUGCUCUUUACCAAACCUAAACUAAGCCAUAAUCUCUGGGUCUCCAAAGACCACCUGGUACUUGUUCUGAGACAGGAAAUAAAUGGUCUGACUGUUAUUUUGUGUUACAGUGACAGAAUCUAGUCUAUCACUACUUGCUUCUUGCACUUUGACACCCACACAAACACACACACACACAUAUGUAUAUUUUUUGCCUUAAGAUCACAUUUGUGCCUCUUAAUAUUUCCUUCUUAAUAUAUAAAAUCUGCUAAUGUUAAAAUAAAGACCCUUGGAGAAUUUAUUUAUCACAUUAAAUGUAAAUCAGCCAAUCACUUUGGCUGGUGUGUAACGUUAUUCAACAGUUUCAUUAUACUGUUUCAUUAACUUACUGUUUUGACAGUGGAUAAUUUGGAAAAUACUUGUACUUGUUUGUCAUCUGGUGGAGAAACAAAGAAAAUACCUUUUUGUAGUAAAGGCUUUAAGAACAGAAGCAUCUAAAAUGUUUAUUUAGAAAUCAUUUUAAGAUAUUUAACUAAAUGUCAAUAUAUUUUUUUGCAUAAACACAGAAAUGUGGUUUUCCUGUUGUCCACGUUCACUUCUGUCCUCCUUUUUGUCUGUUAUGAUCAUAUAUUUGCAAGAUUCUAUAUCUGAAAAGCAACAUAUUUCUCCUUUAUUAUGAUCUUUUGGUAUGCACUAAAGUAAGAGUUUAUCGUGGCUUUGUGUUUCUGGGUCACGUUGGGUCACGUUUGUGCAGCUGUUUGGUUUCCCAGAACAGAUGUUUGUUCAUGACAGCUUUUUAAAAUUUGUACUGUAGAUGUGAAUGGGGAAUUUUCUCACCAACUUUAAAACUUUAUGCUCCGACUGAACCUCUCAUCCUACAGUCCCAGUGGCAACCUUACCAUUUGUUGCUUUCCAUGUUGGCGCUAUAUUUAGCCAGCAGUCCCAUAUAGAUGAUUGUUUAUAUGAAAUGAAAAUUUCAACUAAUAUAGCGCUCAUAUUUUUGUUUCAUUUGUGUGAUGGGCACCUUUUUCUGUCCUUUACUGUUCUUUGUUGUUGUGCGGUGUUGUAAACACUGUACAGCCUUUCUCAUACUGCUUUGAUUGUACUGAUGAACAUAGACUAAUUUCAUUUAACACAGUUUGUUUUAAUCAACUUGUAUUCUCUACAGAAGAAACUUAGACCUUUUUUCAAAAAGAAAAGUCACCAACUUUUUCUAAAUCUUUAGGAGAUGUCUGGUCAUGUCUUUUGACUGUCUUUGUCUAACUUAUUUUUUUAAAUUGGUCAAUUUACAUUUUGCAUUUUAGUCUUUGGCCUUUUGAAUAUUCAAAUUGUAAGGACAACACCAGUAAAUAGAGGAAAAACAAAGUAACAGUUUCACAUUGUGUAUUCCUAUUUUUUUCACUCUCCCUUUCUUAAAUGGAGGACUUCAGAAACUGUUUUAUUGUACAUAUCUGUACUAUAUGAAUAUAUUUACUUUUCCAUGCAUGUCCAAGUGGAAUACCAUGAACACUUUAAAUUGCUGCAGUUUUAAUUAAAGAAACUACAUCCUCAUGAAA